GGGCGUGGGGAGGGGGGGGGCCGGUGCGUUUGGAUGCCUUCGCAGAAAGGACCCUAAGAGCGCGUCGCCAUGUUCCCGGAGCCUCCAUCCGCAAGGCCCCCGGCGCCUGACACUCCUCCAGACACCAGCCCCAUCAGCCAUGGCCCAGUGCCUCCCUGGGCUCUGGCCACCAUCGUGCUACUUUCAGCCUUCGUCGUCUUCAGCUGUUGUUUCUGUGCCUACCGGAGGCGGUGUGGACGGAGGCUGGCUAAGGUCAGUCAGGUCCAGGCACAGGUCCAUCUGCAGGAAGUGAAGGAGCUGGGCUUGAGUUACAUAGACAAGGUGCAACCGGAAGUGGAGGAGCUGGAGCCGGCACCGCUGGGGACCACAGGGCAGCAGGUGGCAGAGAAGAAGGAACUUGGACGGCUGCAGUACUCACUGGAUUAUGAUUUCCAGAGUGGCCAGUUGCUGGUGGGCAUUCUGCAAGCAGAGGGGCUGGCGGCUUUGGACCUGGGCGGCUCCUCCGACCCCUACGUGCGUGUCUACCUGCUCCCGGACAAGCGGAGACGCUUCGAGACCCGAGUGCACCGGCAGACGCUAAACCCACACUUUGCUGAGACCUUUGCCUUCAAGGUUCCCUAUGUGGAGCUGGGGGGCAGGGUCCUGGUCAUGGCGGUGUAUGACUUUGACCGCUUCUCCCGCAAUGAUGCCAUCGGAGAAGUGCGGGUUCCCAUGAGCUCAGUGGACUUGGGGCGGCCAGUGCUGGCCUGGCGGGAGCUGCAGGCAGCGCCCCGGGAAGAGCAGGAGAAGCUGGGGGAUAUCUGCUUUUCCCUCCGCUAUGUGCCCACGGCUGGAAAGCUCACAGUCAUUGUCCUAGAGGCCAAGAACCUGAAGAAGAUGGACGUAGGCGGACUCUCAGAUCCCUACGUCAAGGUCCACCUUCUGCAAGGUGGCAAAAAGGUGCGCAAGAAGAAGACGACCAUCAAGAAGAACACGCUGAACCCCUACUACAAUGAGGCUUUCAGCUUCGAGGUGCCCUGCGAUCAAGUCCAGAAAGUUCAGGUGGAGCUGACCGUGCUUGAUUAUGACAAGCUGGGCAAGAAUGAGGCCAUCGGGAGAGUGGCCGUUGGUGCCAUGGCCGGUGGGGCAGGUCUGCGGCACUGGGCGGACAUGCUGGCCAACCCCAGGCGGCCCAUCGCUCAGUGGCACUCGCUGCGACCCCCGGACCGGGUGAGGCAGCUGCCUGUGCCCUGAUCUCCACCCUUCACCCCAUGACUCCCCUUGACUCCAGCCCAGGCUUGUCUUUCAGCCUUCUCUAACCACAACCCCCUCCCCACUCCCCUACCCAACCAUUGGACCCACUCCUGCCUUCUCACCUCCGAUGCCAAUCAUGAGAACUUGCCAGUGUCCACAGCUCACAUUUGCCCAAAAGACCCAGGGGCCCUUGGAAAGGCAGCCAUUCCCCACACCCCCAGGUCCCACCCUCUGCUUUGACAAUCAGGAUCCCAGUCACUCUGCCCUCCCCUCAGAUGCUUCUCUGUCUCCCCAGGAACCCCACUCAGGCCCUACUCCUGCUCCUGCACUGAUCCUGGGACUCAAAUAAAUACCCAGCAACUUGG